AAAAUGGGCUUAUCUUACGAAGAAGUUGCUUUACAUGAUCAACCAGAUGACUGCUGGGUUAUAAUUAACGGUGCUGUUUACGAUGUUACCAACUUUUUAAACUAUCAUCCGGGUGGUGAAGAGAUCUUGUUAAACUAUGGUGGAAGAGAUGCCACUGAUAUGUUCACCAGUAUCCAUAAUUUUGACGUUAUUAUCAACAAUGCUAAUCUUGUCAGAAGAAUCUAUUAG